GUGGCGUAGUACAGUUAAACAGUAAAUCUGAAACAUUGUGUUGGUGCUUUGUGGCCUGUGCAAGUGUUUCACCACAUUGGAGUAGCUCAAUUACUCCAUUAUUAGGAAACAUCUGUUUCAUUAUGCCACUGGACCGUAUUACUGCAUGUUGACAGCUAGUUUUACAAUGACAGGAAAUGCCACUCAGUUAUUGUGUAAUGGCUGACCGAACUGUCGAGUAUGAGUGAUGAGUCACUGGUGUUUCUUCUGAGUGCAGGCAUGAUAUAGGCCUACGCAUUCAUACAGAUCUCAGUGGCUAUUGACAAAACUGAGACUAAAGACAUGGCUCUUCGUGUGACCCUGGUUGUGAUCCUGCUAACAGGUUUCGGUCUGGGACAACACCAGUCAUUAUUACCAUUUGAAUCCACCGUGAGAGCUGUGGGGGAAGACAUGAAAUUCACCAUCAACCGUCCAUCAGCUCCCUUCAAAGAAAUCAGCUGGAGAUUUAAAAGCGUCCCUGUCAUCACCAGCAUGGGUGGUGAGAAUAUCACCUUUGGGCCUGGCUACCCUGGCCGUGUCCGUCUAAACGCCACGACCGGAUCUCUGGAGCUGCUGAAUCUCACGCUGGAAGACUCUGGGUUGUACACAGUCACCACCAGGCUUGGAGGAGGCACAGAGCUUAGUGGGCAAACAGCCCUGACUGUCCUGGCUCCCAUCUCCAACGUUUCACUGGUGGCUAGUGCGACUGAGCUGAUCGAGUACCACAGCUCCGUUAACAUCAGCUGCACGGCAUCUGGCUCCGUUGCCACGCUUAAGCUCUAUGGUGCCGGCUACACCAUGACAGCCACCGGAUCUCCUGGUAAGAUCUCCAGUGAGCUCUACAGUGUCAACUACCGCGUGACGAGACGUGACCGGGGGCCGUACACAUGUGAGGCCUCCAACGCUGUGAGCGGGGCUGUGGUCCGCACCCUGACUCUCAAUAUUCUCUACGGACCGGAUGAGGCGAUCAUGGUGGCUACACCUAAGGGCCCAUCCUAUCACUCAGGCUCUGACAUCACCCUGUCCUGCUCUUCUGAGUCCAAGCCUGCUGCCCAGGUCCAGUGGGCUCUGAAUGGAACCCUGCUGGGUAGAGAGAGACCAGAACUCAGACUGGAGAAUGUUCAGGCCAGUCAGAGCGGUGCCUACAGCUGCUGGGCUAACAACAGCAAAACAGGGAGAAAUGUGCAGUCAGACAGAUUGUAUGUUACUGUGUUAGAGGACAAAGGUGUUCCUGGCUUGAGUGGAGGACCCAUCGUUGCCAUAGUGAUUAGUGCACUGCUGGCUGUAGCUGUCUUGACAGCCAUCUUGUUGAUUGUACAGCCAUUCUUCAAGAAGAGAUGCAGCCAAGAUACAAAAAGGGAUCAAUCAGAAUGCCUUCCGAGAUCACCUUCACGUACUCUCUUCUAGAGUGAAAGAGAGGGACAACUCACCUUUUCCACGCAGUCGACAGGUUUUUCUGUGCCAAAGGCCCCCACCUCUCUUAGGUAUCGGGCGUUCUGGACCACAGGCUGCUAAUCUGACAGGUGUAAUAAGGCGAGGUGUGUAGCGGGGCGCGGAGCUUAACUCACUUCAUUAACUGACGCAGAAGCGAGGUUUUUAGUAUUGAAAAAGUACCCCAAGAUUUAAUGUCAAAGGGGUCAAAAAGAAUUUAAAAGAAAAGAAAACUACAAGCUCUCAAAAAACAGUGUACAACCCACACAGCAAACGAAGAGGAGCUGAGUCUACAUGCAUUGAGCUCAGCUUUUAACUGCUCCUGCUUCCGUCUUUUCAUCACGGACUUCUCCU